AAAUUUAAUAUGUUUUUCGAUAUUUGGAACUAAAGAUAAUUAUGUGGCCCAAACGUUUCAUGCUAUGCAACAUUCUCAAAUUAUCGUUUGUUUUUCUUUUACCAGUGUCAGUUAUUCGAACCAACAAUGGCGGGGAGCUGGUGCUCGUGCUCGACGCCUCUAAUUCCAUGCCCCAUCGCCAUCGGCAGAUCAAAAUAUGCCUUGGCCAAACCCCGAUUUUCUUCUGCACAUACUGGUACUUCGUUAUCCCUCGUCUAUGGGGUUGCUAUACCUAAACCCCGUCGUUUACGGCCACACCCAAUCGCCAUUGUCAACUGCACCACUUCCGGUACAGACACAGACAUCCAAGAAGACACUGAAUCCCUCGACUGCGUGGGAACAGGCCUCGACGUUGAGUGCUUCGUGGAGUCGGACCAAGCACAGACACAAACGCAAAUCCAAAAUCAAUCCACGCUAGAAGCAGCAUGGGAAUUGGCGGUGUUGGUGUCUCCCUUCUUCUUCUGGGGUACGGCUAUGGUGGCCAUGAAAGAGGUUCUUCCGAAAGCAGGUCCUUUCUUCGUCUCUUCCUUCCGCCUCAUCCCUGCUGGCUUCCUCCUCAUAGCUUUCGCCGCCUCUCGAGGCCGACGUUUCCCCUCAGGACUCUCCGCUUGGUUCUCCAUUGCCGUCUUCGGCCUCGUCGACGCCACUUGUUUUCAGGGUUUUCUUGCUCAGGGCUUGCAGAGGACUUCAGCUGGUUUGGGCAGUGUGAUAAUUGACUCGCAGCCCUUAACAGUUGCUAUACUUGCAGCCUUGCUGUUUGGGGAAUCCAUUGGUCUUGUUGGAGCUGUAGGGCUUGGACUCGGUGUUGUAGGGCUUUUGCUUCUGGAGGUACCUGCACUUGCUUUUGAUGAAAGUAACUUUUCAUUGUGGGGAAGUGGAGAGUGGUGGAUGCUUCUUGCAGCUCAAAGCAUGGCAGUUGGCACAGUCAUGGUCCGCUGGGUUUCCAAGUACUCCGAUCCUAUUAUGGCAACUGGAUGGCACAUGGUUUUGGGUGGUUUUCCCCUACUUGUAAUCUCUAUUUUGAAUCAUGACAAUGCUGUCAGUGGGAAUCUCGGGGAGUUCACAACGAAUGAUGUAUUGGCACUUUUGUAUACUUCCAUUUUUGGAAGUGCCAUUAGCUAUGGUGUAUUUUUCUACAGUGCAACAAAAGGUAGCUUGACAAAGCUGAGCUCCCUUACAUUUCUAACUCCAAUGUUUGCUUCGGUAUUUGGAUUUUUAUAUUUCGGCGAGACUUUCUCACCACUGCAACUUACUGGUGCUGUUGUUACUGUGAUUGCAAUUUACAUGGUUAACUACAAGGAUAAGAAUAGUGUGGAAUAAAACAUAAGAUCCAUAUAAGAAUAAUGUUGAUGCUUUUAGCAGUUGACAUCCAAGCUCUACUCACAUUAAAGGAAAUCUAGAAGUAGAUGAUUUUAUCUGCACACACAUUAAAGGAAAAGACACGUGCAAAUUGGUACAUGCUAGAGUACCAUGGUGACUGCACGUAGUACAAAGUUUGGCUGUGGAAGUUUCCACUCAUAGAGGCCAGCAUAUAUUUGUAUAAAGUGCAAUUUUGAGUUUGUAAAUUGUGAGCUUGUAAUUAAUUAUUAGUAGUUGACUGACCGAAUCCUUUGGAAUCUUGAAAGAAUGGUACAUAAAAUAUAAAAAAUAAAUAUAAAAAAGCUUGAGUUGUAUAUUAA